AUGAAACAAUUCAAAGAAGCUCACACCCAGCUCGUCGUCAAUGGCCUAACCCACCCAUCGCCCUCUCUCAGACCCAUCAUCUCAUUCGCCGCUCUGGACCCUUCCGGUGACAUUGAUUAUGCUCUCCUUCUCCUCUUGCACCAGCCCUCCAUUCCUCCAUUACUUUUCCUAUUCAACACUGUGAUCCGAGGCCUUGCACGUGCCGCCGGGGACCGUCCCGCUUUCUUAACAACCUCGUUGCUUGUUUUCAACCGCAUGGCUGAGCUUAAUCUUGCACCUAAUAACUUCACUUUCAAUUUUCUCUUACAUGGUUGCUCGAACUGUGGUGCAUUUGAUCUGGGUAGGCAGUUUCAUGCCAUGUUAGUCAAGAAAUUUUUUUAUAUGGACGUGUUUGUUCGCAAUUCGGUUAUUCAAUUUUACUCGGUGUGCGGCAAACUGGAUGAUGCGAGAUGCGUAUUUGACGAAAGUGAUGAACUUGAUGUUGUUUCGUGGAAUUCUAUCAUUAACGGGUACGUUAGGAAUGGUGAUAUAUCGGAGGCUUUGAACCUGUUCGGUAAAAUGCCCAAGAGAAGUGACGUUUCUUGGAAUAGCGUACUUGGUGGUUUGGUCAAGUUUGGAUUUCUAGACAAUGCUUAUAGGCUUUUUAUGGAGAUGCCACGUAGAACUUUAGUUUCUUGGGUUAUCAUGGUUUCUGGGCAUGCUCAGAAUGGACACCCAAAAGAGGCUUUGGCUUUAUUUCGAGAGAUGCUAUCAUUGGAUCAGAAACCAAACUCAGCGGUUUUAGUUAGUGUCCUCUCUGCAUGUUCACAGCUGGGAGCUUUGGAUCAUGGUAAUUGGGUUUACUCUUAUAUCCAAAAGGAACAUCUGAUGAUUGAUUCAAUACUUUCUGCAGCUUUGAUCGACAUGUAUGCCAAAUGUGGAAGCAUUGGUCUUGCAAUGCAAGUGUUCAAAUCCUCCAAGGUGAAGGGUGUAUCUACUUAUACGGCUGCAAUAUCUGGGUUAGCAAUGAAUGGACAUGGCAAGGAAGCACUUCAGCUUUUCGAAAGAAUGAAGGACCAAGGCAUUUCGCCAGAUAGCGUUUCUUACCUUGCAGUUUUAUGUGCUUGUAGUCAUGAAGGAUGGGUUGACAAGGGAUUUCACUAUUUUAAUUCAAUGUUUGAUGUAUAUGGAAUUAGACCAGAGUUGGAUCACUGUGCCUGCAUGGUUGAUCUUCUUGGCCGUGCUGGUUUGCUUCAGGAGGCAGAAAGUUUUAUUACUUCAAUGCCAAUUAAACCAGAUAGUGCUAUAUGGGGGGCUCUUCUUGGUGCUUGUAGGCUUCAUGGCAAUGCAGAAAUGGGUCAGAGAGUUGGGCAUAUGUUGAUAAAAUAUGAUAAAUACCAUGAUGGACGCUAUGUCCUACUGUCUAAUAUCUAUGCUGAGUCCAUGAAAGGUGAAGAUGCUGAAGAAGUCAGGAAAACUAUGAGAAAGAGAAAAAUAAUGCGGGUUCCAGGCUAUAGUUUGAUUGAAGUGGAUGGUGCUGUUCAUGAGUUUUUGGCUGGAGAUAGAUCCCAUGAAAAAACAGAGGACAUCUACUUGGUGUGGGAUGCAAUUGUUAAAGAGAUAAAGAAGUUUGGCUACAAUGCAGAGACUAGAUCGGUCAUGUUUGAUGUAGAAGAGGAGGAUAAAGAAGCUCUGAUUGGAUACCACAGUGAGAAACUGGCCUUGGCUUUUGGGUUCAUCUGCACAAAGCCUGGAUCAUUAAUACGGAUUGUCAAGAAUAUUCGAAUCUGCAACGAUUGCCAUUCUGCUAUUAAGCUUGUAUCAAAAGCUUUUAAAAGAAAAAUUUCUGUACGAGAUCGGAAACGCUAUCAUCAUUUUGAAGAAGGUCGUUGUUCCUGCAUGGAUUACUGGUGA